CCUCCUCGCGCAGAGGAGAUCACGAUCCCGGCUGACGUCACGCCGGAGAAGGUCCCCACGCACAUAGUGGACUACUCAGAGUCGGAGCAGACGGAGGAUGAGCUGCAGGAGGAGAUCACUAAGGNNAACGUGGUCUGCGUGGUGUACGAUGUCACCAAGGAGGCCACGAUCGAAAAGAUUCGCACAAAGUGGAUCCCCAUGGUGAACGGAGGAGUUGAAAAAGGCUCCAGGAUCCCUAUUAUUUUAGUGGGAAACAAGUCUGACCUGCAGGUGGGGAGCUCUAUGGACGUCAUCCUGCCCAUCAUGAACCAGUUCUCAGAGAUCGAGACCUGCGUGGAGUGCUCUGCCAAGAACCUCAAGAACAUCUCUGAGCUCUUCUACUACGCCCAGAAAGCUGUGCUGCACCCCACAGCCCCCCUCUAUGACCCAGAGGAGAAGCAGCUGAAACCUGCAUGUGCACGAGCGCUGACCCGGAUCUUCAACCUCUCGGACCAGGAUAACAACCAGAUCCUUAGUGAUGAUGAACUCAACUACUUCCAGAAGUCCUGUUUUGGAAACCCGCUGGCUCCCCAGGCCCUGGAGGACGUGAAGAUGGUUGUGUGGAAGAACACCACGGAUGGGGUGCAGGACAACGGCCUGACGUUGAACGGCUUCCUCUUCCUCAACACGCUCUUCAUCCAGAGGGGCCGGCACGAGACCACCUGGACCAUCCUUCGCCGCUUUGGGUACGACGACGAGCUGGAGCUGACGGAUGACUAUCUCUACCCGCAGUUCCGCCUUCCCCCCGGCUGCUCCACGGAGCUCAACCACUUGGGCUACCAGUUCCUGCAGCGGCUGUUUGAGAAGCACGACAAGGACCAGGACGGAGCCCUCUCCCCCACAGAGCUGCAGAACUUCUUCAGCGUCUUCCCCUGCGUGCCCUGGGGCCCUGAGCUCUACAACACGGUAUGCACCACUGAUAAAGGCCUGCUUUCCCUGCAUGGAUUCCUCUGCCAGUGGACGCUCGUGGCUUACCUGGAUGUGCGGCACUGCCUGGAGUGCCUGGGCUACCUGGGCUACCCCAUCCUCUCGGAGCAGGACUCCCAGACACAAGCCCUCACGGUGACCCGGGAGAAGAGGAUCGACCUGGAGAAAGGCCAGACCCAGAGAAACGUCUUCCUCUGCAAGGUGCUGGGAGCCAGGGGCGCAGGCAAGUCCGCCUUCCUGCAGGCCUUCCUCGGCAGGAGCCUCGCGGCCCAGAGGGAGAACCCAGGAGACCCAUCCCUCUACACGAUCAACACGGUGCAGGUCAACGGCCAGGAGAAGUACCUUAUACUGUAUGAGGUCAGCGCCGACAUGAAGUUCGUGAAGCCGUCGGACGCAGCCUGCGAUGUCGCCUGCUUCAUCUAUGACCUGAGCGACCCCAGAUCCUUCAGCUACUGUGCCAGUAUCUAUAAGCAACACUACAUGGACAGCCAGAUCCCCUGCGUCUUCGUGGCCUCCAAGACAGACCUGCCAGAAGCGAGUCAGCAGCCCGGGCUCUCCCCUGCCGAGUUCUGCUACAAGCAUUGCCUCCCACCGCCCUUCCUCUUCUCCUGCCACGGCCAGGGUCCACCCAGCACCACCGUCUACACCAAGCUGGCCACCGCCGCCACCUUCCCGUUA